ACCAGACAAAACCAAAUCUUCUCUUCCAUACACACAAAAAAAAAAAAACUCAUGGCUUUCGAACCCAAAUCACUUUCUGUGUCCUUCCUUUUGCUGCUGUGCUUGUUUCUUGUGCUGCAACUCUCUGAUGGUGCCGAAGCAACCACCCUCUACAAUGGUUCCAUUCUGAAAGAUAUCAGUAAUAGGAAGUUAUUGGUGGUGAAUGGUUUGGAAGCAAAAGAAGCAGUGUUGAACAUGGGUGGCAAGAGUAAAAAAGAGGAGGAAGAGGAGGAGGGUUGGGAGCUAAGGGCAGCACCAUUGGGUCCAGACCCACUUCACCAUCACGGUGCCGACCCCCAAAAGCCACGCACCCCUUGAUCAUGCCUUGUCUUUUUUGACUGUUAAGUGCAUCUGCUCAGCUGGCGAGCUAUGGAUGAAGUCGUUGGUUAACUUUUUGAUCUUUAUUAAUUAAUUUGUAGUUUCUUAUAACGUGUAGUAUGUAUAGUUGCAGAAUGUCAUGGUAGUUUUAGUGGUUAAGAUCAGUGUUUUGUUGGU